ACUUACUCUCUGUUAAGGCAUUGAGGUCAGUUGCAGCCAUGUUGGUCUCCUCUUGGUCUCUCGUGAGCCUGCUGCUGGUGUCCUCUUGCUGGGCCGAGGAGGAAACCUCCAGGGAGCUUUCUGUGAGCGAGCUGCUGGAGAGAGCUAACAGAGACCGCAACCCCGACUCGGACGAGCCCAUCCUGAUCGGAGGCGACAUUGCUAUCAAGUCUGAGGCCGAGAGGAACGCCGACCCCUGCACCUCCAGAGACUGCCUUUGGAAGAAGUGGACCGAUGGAAAGGUCUACAUCCCCUACUACAUCGCCAACCACUACUCCUCCCGAGAGCAGUCCAUCAUCAUUCGUGGACUGGAGUCCUUCUCCUCGAUGUCCUGCAUCCGUUUCAGGCCCUACCAGAACGGAGACCACGAGUGGCUGAGCAUCGAGUCCAGGGACGGCUGCUACUCGUUCGUGGGUCGUCAGGGCGGCGCUCAGACUGUGUCUCUGAGCCGUCAGGGCUGCCUGUACCACGGCACCGUCCAGCACGAGUUGCUCCACGCUCUGGGCUUCAACCACGAGCAGACCCGCUCCGACAGGGACAACCACAUCAGGGUGCAGUGGGAAAACAUCAUCGAGGGCAUGAAGUACAACUUCGACAAGAUUGCCACCCUGAAUCAGGGAACUGCUUACGACUACGGCUCCGUCAUGCAAUACGAGAAGUACGCCUUCUCCAAGAACAACCAGCCCACCAUGGUGCCCAUUCCUAACAGCAACGUGUCCUUUGGCCAGGCCACCCAGAUGAGCCAGCAUGACAUCGCCAGGCUCAACAGGCUGUACCAGUGCUAAACUGCAUUUGAGCUUUGCCCCGCCUCCCUGAUGACAUCAUGAGCACAGCGAUGAAACACAUGAGGUGUUUUGCAGCCCGCUGGUUCUACUGUUUGAUAAUGGAGUGACAAAAGGCAUGGGCACUUUGUAGAUUAAGAUGUUCACUUAAAAAUACCCUUUCAUUUCGAUCCUCAUGUCACAUAAAACAAUGUCAACAAUUGUAUAUCUUUUGAUCCAAAAAUAAAGCAUCUUAUUACUAUUCUUUGGAUUUCAUGC